GUACAUGUUCCCAAGUUUCUUGUAAAUAAUAAAUAAUAAUAAUAAAGAGAAUCUGAAUCUGAAGUAUCUUCUCUGCUACUGCAGGAAGUUCCUGAGAAAAGCAAGGACAACCCUAGAGCUCUAUGGCCCUUUAUAUAUGCAACUUCUUUACACUUACAUUGUGGUCUAUACUCUAUAUAUCCACUGAAUCUAGCUGCGACGACAGCUCCAAGUAUUUUGUCACUGAUGCCGAUGACGGUAGCUUGUUGGGACCAACCUUGGCUUUGCUUCUCGACAAUGUCUUCUACCAAAGCUGGAAAGAAGUGAAAGGAGCAAUUAUGGAAGGUGGAAUUCCAUUCAACAAGGUUUAUGGCAUGCAUGCCUUUGAGUAUCCAGGCGUAGAUCAAAGGUUCAAUGAGGUGUUCAACAAAGCUAUGAAUUUCCUCUUAACUUCAAAAAGUGAAGAUGCUGAUAUGAAGCUUAUCGAUUUUAGUUUAUCAGAUUUCAUCCGGACAGGUGACAAUUAUAGUGAUUCUCAAUUCUUUUUCUUCGUUUUACUUGCAAAGCAAUCUCUUAUUCCAUUAUUAUAUUAGAUAGGCAACUUGCUACUAAAUGCACUAUUCAUUGAUGUUUACAUUUG